GAAGACCGGCCCCUCUGGAUGAACUGCGCAGGUUCGCAGAGGCGUGCUGGUUGUUUUCAAACGCACCGACCGAGGGGAUGAUGACCGGCGGGACCGAGUUUCACAAAAGCUACAGCGGCGGCAAGGACUCCGAGCCCCGGAUGGACGUGGACCUGGACUCCAGUCUCAUGGGGAGCGAGCGCGGGGACCUGGACGGCGGCGUCCCGGCGGCGGGCUCCUCUAACGGCAGCGGCGGGGAGGAGGACGAGGCGGAGGCCGUCGGCCGUUUGAGAGAAGCCAGGGGCUCGAGUAGUCGCCGCGCCCCGGACGGAGGCGAGGUGUUCUGCGGCGGCAGGGAGCAGGAGGUGUCUGUCGAAAUCGGAGAGACGUAUUUAUGUCAACGAGCCGACAAGACAUGGCACACAGCGGAGGUCAUCCAGUCCCGGCUGAACGAGCAGGAGGGACGGGAGGAGUUCUACGUCCACUACGUGGGAUUCAACAGGCGCCUCGACGAGUGGGUGGGCAAGGCCCGCCUGGCGCUCACCAAGACGGUGAAGGACGCGGUGAGGAAGGGCGCGGAGAUCGGCAUCGUGGGGGAUCUGGGCGGCGAGCAGCCGGAGCGCAAGAUCACCCGCAACCAGAAGCGCAAACACGACGAGAUCAACCACGUGCAGAAGACGUACGCGGAGAUGGACCCGACGACGGCCGCCCUGGAGAAGGAGCACGAGGCGAUCACUAAAGUAAAAUAUGUCGAUAAGAUCCAGAUCGGGAACUUUGAGAUCGACGCCUGGUACUUCUCUCCGUUCCCUGAAGACUACGGCAAGCAGCCCAAGCUGUGGAUCUGCGAGUACUGCCUCAAGUACAUGAAGUACGAGAAGACCUUCAGACACCACCUGUCCCACUGCCAGUGGAAACAGCCUCCGGGCAAAGAGAUCUACCGGAGGAGCAACAUCUCUGUGUUCGAGGUGGACGGGCGGGACCACAAGAUCUACUGUCAAAAUCUUUGUCUUCUAGCCAAACUGUUCCUGGACCACAAGACGCUUUAUUUUGACGUGGAGCCGUUUAUCUUCUACAUCCUGACGGAGGUCAACAAGCAGGGGGCGCACAUCGUGGGCUACUUCUCCAAAGAGAAGGAGUCUCCAGACGGGAACAACGUGGCGUGUAUUCUCACGCUGCCUCCGUACCAACGCAGAGGCUACGGGAAGUUCCUCAUCGCCUUUAGUUACGAGCUGUCGAAGCUGGAGAGCGCAGUCGGCUCUCCCGAGAAGCCGCUGUCGGAUCUGGGAAAGCUGAGCUACAGGAGCUACUGGUCCUGGGUCCUGCUGGAGAUCCUGAGGGACUUCAGGGGGACGCUGUCCAUCAAAGACCUCAGGUGGAGAGACACACAUACACACACUCGCACACACACACAUACACACCUCCCUCACCCCCCCCUGUCUGUCCCCAGCCAGAUGACCAGCAUCACGCAGAGUGACAUCAUCAGCACGCUGCAGUCGCUCAACAUGGUGAAGUACUGGAAAGGUCAGCAUGUGAUCUGUGUGACGCCCAAACUGGUGGAGGAGCACCUGAAGAGCGCCCAGUACAAGAAGCCACCCAUCACUGCUGCAGCUGGUGAACCCUCAGCCGGCUUUUCCUUUUGCCAUAAAACCCUCGAAUAAUCACAUGAUGGUGAAUCUUCACAACAGGAACACGUGCACACGCAUUCCUCCAAGUCGAUGAUGUCAUCGGCUGCCUUUGUGAUCACGUAGUUCAAUCAGCUGCCUGUGAUGUCAUCGGCUCGUUAACGAGUGAAAUGAAUUAAAUCUGCAUUAAUUAUGUAUUUUAUUGAGAUGUCAAACAGUCAAAAUGACGUCAUGAGAACCUUCCUGCAUGUUUCUUCUUCUGUGGUUCACCUCUCUCUCCCUCUGUGUUUUUGUCUCCCCCUAGUGGACACUAUGUGUUUGAAGUGGGCGCCACCCAAAAACAAACAAGUCAAGAUGUCCAAGAAGUGAGAGGCGGCGCCGCGUCCUCCUGUUUUUAUAUGGCCUGCCUCCACCUCCUCCUCUUCCUCUUCUUCCUCGGCCCUGAAGCCUCCUGUACAUAGUCGUUAGUAGCAUCUGUCGGUAUUUUCUUAAAAUAUGUCAAACAAAAACAGA